GAUGCAACUACAUGUGCACGGCGAAUUCGUUGAAUGGUCUUCUGUUGUUUAUCGCGUGAAGAAUAAUUUUGACGACCUGUGAGAUUGAAUGUCAUUGCAGUUUGCUGUUGGUGUUCUGCGAAUAAGAGACAGCCCACACAUUCAAUGCAUUUCCGUAAGACAUCAACAAAACCUGCUGUGGCUGCAAAUCAAGAGGGAGAUGAGGCUAAACUGAAUCCCGAUUCAGAUACCAACAAAAAUGAAACAUCCCAAUUGGAUGAUUCAAAAGUCCAUCCACUGAAUGUUUUUAAACGACGAUGGAUUGUAUUAACUCUCUUCUGCUUUUUUUCAAUGAGCAAUGCUUACCAAUGGAUUCACUUAAAUAUCGUUGCUAAUAUCAUAGAGACAUACUAUAAUGCCAGUUUACCAACAGAUGAAUAUCAGAGAGAAUUGGCGGUGGACUGGCUUUCUAUGGUUUAUAUGCUUGCAUAUAUUCCAUUAAUUUUUCCAGCGUCAUGGCUUCUGGAUCGAAAGGGUCUUCGAGUGAUAAUCAUCUGUGGAACACUGCUGAACUGUGUAGGAGCAUGGUUGAAGUGUAUAAGUGCAUCACCAGAUCGCUUCUGGUUGUUGAUGAUUGCACAGACAAUUUGUGGCAUUGCUCAAAUUUUUGUUCUUGAAGUGCCACCUCGGUUGGCUGCUGUUUGGUUUGGGCCAAAUGAAGUGUCAACGGCAACAUCUAUAGGAGUAUUUGGCAACCAGGUAGGUGUUGCUAUAGGAUUUCUUGUACCUCCUGUGAUAAUAACAGAAAGUGGUGUUGUAGAAGAAAUAGGGCAAGACCUGUCACAUAUGUUCUAUGGAACUGCUGGAGUUACAACUGCUCUCUUUCUUUUGUGUUUAGUUGGCUUCCAGAAACAACCUCCAGAACCACCAAGUCGAGCUCAGAUGUUAGCUCUUCAAGCGGGCUUGGGUACCGACAACUAUUUGGUCACUCUCUUUCGGCUUUUAAAGAACUGGAGUUAUACAUUGCUGAUGGUAACAUAUGGAAUGAACACUGGAUCAUACUAUGCUAUCUCAACGUUACUAAACACAGUUGUGUUGAAAUACUUCCCAGGCUAUCAGAAAGAAGUGGGAGAAAUUGGAUUAACAAUUAUUAUUUCCGGAGUAGGUGGAUCUAUUGUGGCUGGAUUGUGGCUUGACAAAACCAAAACAUUCAAAAGUACCACAUUGAUGAUGUAUUUGUUAUCUCUUGGAGGGAUGAUAGCAUUCACGUUUACACUUGAUCUCAACAAAAUUUGGGUAAUUUUCAUCAGUGCUGGUGUUUUAGGUUUCUUCAUGACUGGCUACUUGCCUGUUGGAUUUGAAUUUGCAGUCGAGAUUACAUUUCCAGAACCUGAAGGAACAUCAUCAGGGCUAAUGAAUGCUUCUGCACAGGUAUUUGGAAUUCUCUUCACAAUUGGGAUGAGGACCGUUGUAAACCAAGCUUCUGUAUUUGCAGCAAAUCUCUCAAUAUGUAUUGCCUUGCUUAUUGGAUUAAUUCUCACAUGCUUUGUUCGAGCCAAUUAUCGUCGACAGAAAGCUGAAAUGCAGAUUAUUCAACGCCAUGAAUGUGUGGAAAUUGAGAUUGCAAAUCCGGCAAAUACUUAACCAAAUCAACAUCAAUUGGAAACUUGUUUGCCGUGCUCAUAUUUUCUCCAUUUCUCCCUCCCCUUCCAUUUUAAAUAUAUCAAUCUCUUAUUGUCAUAUGUGUUGUAAUUUUGUGACAGAUGAGCAGAAUUUGUGAAGACAAAAAAAAAAACCAAAAAAAAAACAGAAAGAAUAGAAAAAAAUUAAAUAAAGAAUCCCCAAAAUAAAACAAUGACAAAUCUGUGAAGUGUGUAAAUAAAAAUUGAAAUACUGAACAUGAAAUACAUAAAAAAAAAGCAGUCUAUCGAAUCAUGGAAAAAAUCCAAAUGGAGGAAGAAAAAUGGAAUAAAAAAAAAAGGCAGCCAUCAAACAUUAUUAUGAAGAUAGAGGGAUAAAUGAAAAAAUGGGGGGAGGGAUUUAUAUUGAGAGACAAUGAAAAACGGGAACUGCAAGGGAAAACAUGAAUAAAAAGGUGUUUAUGAGUUAGCAGUUGUCAGAUACAGUGAAAUCUGGUGGAAAAAUCAUGUAACAACGAAAAAAAAAUUCUUCAAUAAGGUGAAGAUAAAUCAAUUACAAAUACAGCAAAGAUAUAUAUAUAUAUAUAUAUAUAUAUAUAUAUAUAUAAUAUAAUAUAUGGCAGAGUGUCUUUUGUAUUUCGAAUUUGAUUGAAAAAAAUGGUGAUCUUUUUUAGCAGGAAACCUAUGGUAGCAGAGAAGUAACAAACAUUUUGUUUAAAAGUGUGUGUAUGUGCAUGUGUGUAUAUAUAUAUAUAUAUAUAUAUAUAUAUGUAUGUAUGUAUGUGCAUAUGUAUAUACGUAUGUAUGUUGUAUUUAUGCAUGUAUAUAUUAAACAUUUCGCAUGUAUGUAUAUAACAUUUAUUCAACGUUGCAUCUGUGUGAGGUACUACUCAGGGGGUUCAUAUACCUGUUUUUCAGAUGAAUGAAGUCUGAAAAUGUAAAAAAAAAUACCCUCCAUGUAGUCUCACACAUGGAGAUGAGCAGUCAAAUUCAGAUUGGAUAAAUGCUACUUUGAAAAAGCAUGGAAGAGUGUGAGAUUAGAGAGAAGAGAAGGAAUAGAAAAAGGACCCC